AAUAAUCCGGCUGAGCAGCGUCUGUGUCUCCUCAGCACCGCUCACUCACACUCCACUCACACUCCAACCAGCCGGAGAGCAGAGCCAGGAACACUGACUUCUCUCUAUCACUCAGUGGAUUUUCUCUCCGAAUACAACAAACCAAAAGACUUCAACUUUUUCUGCAAUACAGGACUUGCCUCUUCCCAUUUGAUCCAGUUUCACCUGCUGAAAGAAUUGCAGUUCCAAAUUUUUUUUUUCUUACCAGAAGACCGAACAUGUGUUUGGUGGAGUGCAGUUCUACACGGCGGAUUGGGAUGUUGGUUGUAUAAUGGUCACUCUAUAGAAUAAGUUAGAAUAAGAGUAAGACUUUGGAAGUGUGGAAAUGCUCCCAACCAGUGGGAUUCAUUAGUUGUGCUUGGUAUAAGUUUAUAAUCUUAAAGGGCGACUUUUGAUCGUUUUUUUUAAGGUUUGCUGUCCUUUUUAUGGAAGGAUUCAUCCAGUGUAUUGUCGGCAUGCUGGUGUCAGUUGUGGGACUUCUGUGCCUGCUCUGCGGACGCACGGUGCGCGGUCAGGACGCCACAGGUAGCCGCUUCGUCUGUAACGCCAUCCCACCCGGCGCGGAGCCCGGCUGCGGCUACGCUCCGCCGGGGAACCGCGUCCAGAGCAGCAGCCCCGUGGAGGACGAGCUGCGCAACACCAUCCUCCAGCUCCGGGAAACCAUCCUGCAGCAGAAGGAGACCAUCGUGAGCCAGCAGGGAACCAUUAAGGAGCUCAACUCCAAGCUGGCUCGCUGCGAGGCGGCGGCCGACGAGAUGGCGCAGGGCAGGUCCCGGGGUCAGGGCUCCAGGCGAAAGGACCACGGGAAGAACACCAUGGGAGACUUACCCCGGGACCCGGGCGAGACUAUAGACCAGCUGGGCAAGACCAUGCAGAGUCUAAAAGGUCGGUUGGAGAAUUUGGAGCAGCAGAGUCUGCGUCUACCCGUCACAAACUCUUCGGCUGGGGGAGUCUCGGCCCUGACUCCGCUGCCACCAGAGCUCCGCGAGCUGCUGCGGCAGCGCCUGGGGGCGCUGGAGACCCAGCUCCUCCGGAAGGUGGCCGAGCUGGAGGAGGAGAAGAGCCAGCUCUACAACGAAACGGCGGCCCACCGCCAACGCACCGAGAGCGCUCUCAAUUCCCUCCUGGAGAGGAUCACAGAGCUCGAGAAAAACAACAAUGCCUUCAAGUCACCUGAGGACUUCAAGGUGUCCCUCCCACUUCGCACCAACUAUCUGUAUGGACGCAUCAAGAAGAGUCUCCCAGAGAUGUACGCCUUCACCGUGUGCAUGUGGCUCAAGUCCAGUGCUACUCCUGGUAUAGGCACUCCAUUCUCAUAUGGUGUGCCAGGCCAGGCCAAUGAGAUAGUCCUCAUCGAAUGGGGAAACAACCCCAUUGAGCUGCUGGUCAAUGAUAAGGUGGCGCAGCUCCCCCUGUCAGUGAGUGAUGGGCGAUGGCACCACAUCUGCAUCACCUGGACCACCAGGGACGGUUUCUGGGAGGCUUACCAGGACGGCGAGCGCCUGGGCACCGGAGACAACCUGGCCCCAUGGCACCCAAUUAAACCUGGAGGAGUCAUCAUCCUGGGCCAGGAGCAGGACGUUGUUGGAGGCCGUUUCGAUGCAACACAAGCCUUUGUCGGCGAGCUGAGCCAGUUCAACAUGUGGGACAGAGUACUCCGGCCUGUGGACAUCAUGGGUCUUGCCAACUGCUCAGCUUACAUGCCUGGAAAUGUAGUUCCUUGGAUUGAUGCGAACGUGGAAGUGUUUGGUGGUGCAAGUAAAGCAGCUCUGGAAAUCUGUGAGGACCGUGCUUUUGAUUCCUAAAGGAUGAAAUAUGCAGAGAGAAGCCUGGCUGCGGGGAUUUAGAAGCUUUUUGUAGGGACUGUUUGUGUGCUUCUUUUGAAUCCCAAAUGCAAGGGUAGCAGUAUGCCAUUCCUCCUAUUUAAUGGUGUGACUGCUUGGUCUCAAAUACUUGGUAUUUAUUGGAUUUACGAGCUUGUGUGUCCAUUCAGUUCGAACUUUGAAGACAUUCCGUGAGAGAUUUCCUCUGAGAAAGAUACUGUAUGUUGUUGCUUCAGUCUGCUGCAACGAUGUGAUCUGCUGUCACUUUGUGCUUUUUUCCUUCUGUAGCUCGGCUGUCAUUUGACUGCUUCUUGAAAAAAAAAAAGCUCUUCUCGUUCGCAUUCCUCAUAACGACAGUGCUGCACUAUAUUCCUUGUUAAUGUGAGCUCACACAGGCUUUGAAGUGUUGAAGAAAAACUACAUCCUGGGAGUUUUUUUCUCUGUGAAGGGCAAUGAGAUGCAGAAGAUGCGAGAGGAAGGGCCGCUGAAUGUGGCGCAUCACGCCCAUUUUUGAAAGUUGCAACUGCGGCUUUUGCUGUCGAUCAUUUUUUUAGGCAUCCAAACAUGGCAGACCGGCUAAAUGUAAUGCAUGAGCUGAACGGAGCUCACAAGAGGCGGCGCAUGCUUUCUGUGAGUGUGGUGCGCCAAAACCAGCCAGUGCUGCGUGCUGACAGCAUUACGUAAGACUGUGUGUGUAUGUUCCGGUUUGUAAGGCUUGUCUUGCGUGUAAAAAGACCAGAGAUUAUGAGGGAGGGAGGACAUAUUCAUUCUUGUAAAUCUAUGCUUAAUACCUCACUGCCCCUUGAGCAGAUGCCAUGUCCCAAACAGCUUUGUGGACGGGCUGGCUGCGCUCAGGUUAAUAGCGAUGUCGGACAGUUGCUGCAGACUGGUCAAUCAGCAGAGCUGGGAGUAGCUGAGAGUGCCAGCUGAGUGCUCGGUGAGGUCAGGGACUGGGUCUGACCCUCAAGGACAAUCCUUAAUUCCUCAUGUGGGUAGUAAUUAUCCAUGUUUAUGAAUGAGCGAAGCAGCGAGCAGCUCGGAUUUCUGGUGUUUCUCUAAGCUAAGUUUGUCAUGGCUGAUGAAAUAUUGAACUGCAGAGGCAGCCUGAUAAAAGCGUCACACUGUGGACAUUACGGAUGUUGGCAUCUAAGUGAGUUUUGUCUUAAACUGCCUCACAAAGGGCAAAAGUGAAGGUUUUGAUCUGUGCAUAUGAUAUAUUUUCCAAAAAGUAUUAAGCUGGUGAAUUUCGGCACCGCGUUAAAAAAGAAACUGCUUUUUAGCAGCUUGGCUAAAGUUUGCUGUAUAUGUUGUGAGUGACAUAUGUUUUCAUGUUCAUUUAUGAUUUGUUCCAAUACGAAAAGAAAUGUAAAAUAAGUAAACAAAGAGGUGAGCUUUGGUAGAAGUCUUCGGUGCAGAUCAAGAUUUCAUUUUUCCUUCUUGUGGACAUCCUGAGUAAACUUCUAUCUUCAUUAAAAAAGCUUGAUGCAGUAGGCUACAUGACAGCAUUGAAUGUUGCAAAAGUGAACAUAAGAAAUUAAACAAACCUUUACAACAUAAACAUUUGUAAACAUGUUGUGAUUGUUCCUCUCUUGAACGUUUUAUUAAAAAUGUUUUAAUGUAAAAUCAAGAUAUUUAUUUCCUGUAGGAAGUGUUUUCUUUUUCUUUUUCUGCUCUUGAUUUUAUCUUUUAACAGGACAUCAUCAAGGAAAACAAAACAAUGCUCUGUUUAAAUGGUGAAUGGCCUUUUGUGAGAACCAUAUGUGCUUUUUGCUUGUGGACAGUCCAAAUCUUUAGUCAGCUUUUGUAGCAUUGCUCCCAAACAGCACAGACAAUGAGUGACAUAAGAUGAAGCAAGGUGUGUUCAAAGUCUCCUUCAUGUGCAUUACCAGCUUAAUUUUGCACCUUUCUGACAUAACAGUGAAUGUCCUUUGCACCAAAUAAAAGAGUAAAUAAGUCCUAGCUAUGUGACUUGCAACACUCAUGGUAGAGUCUAUAAAAAGAAGUUUGAGCAGUCAGAGCAUGUUUUAUUGUAUUAAACUAUCAUCUCACUGUGCUAGCAAUGAAAUCAGAGUGGAAUCGAAGGUCAUGCACAAUUCUUCACAAAUAUGGUGAGAUAACUGUCUUUUAACCUUUGACUGAUCUCGUUUUUUGUUUUGUUGUUUUUUUUGUAUUUGUGUUGCCCCAGCAUCACAUUUUUUGAUCAUAUUAGUUCUAAAAAAAGAUGCAGACAUUUGUCCUGUUGGUUGUACCGUAUCAUCUGUUCGACCGGCCCAUAAUACAGAUUGGAGUAUAUAUCCUCUCAUCCCGACAAUGAAAUGUUGUCAGCAGAGGAGAAAUCCACUGGAUUGGCUGACGUCCAGGUGGAAAUGAAAAAAUCUGCCCAUGCGGAUUAUGCGAACUAACAAUGUAGGACACUGUGAGCUUUCUUUUCUCUCCUUCAUGCUGUGAGUUGAUGCUUUUGCCAGUGUGUCAGUAAUGGUACACCGGGGGGGCCUAAUAGACAUUGUGAGCCCCUUAUCCCCAUACACAUCUUGCAAUGGGAAUAAUAUCUUGUGUUGCCAACUUGCUUUUUUUUUGGAGGGGGUUGAGGGGCAACCUGUUUUCUGUCGGAUUUUCAUUGCACUGCUGCUGUUAACACUGUACAGCCUGAUAUUCUGAAAUGUUAGAUCAAUUAUGAAAGCAACUAUCCAACUUGUUUUUAAAUUAAUCAUAAAUGCGCCAGAAGAAUUCUUCAAAACACAGACAAAUGCAACAAUUUGCAACAGAAUAAUGUCAACAACGUUUGUGUGGUACCCUGUAAGUUGUUUUUUUUUCUACAAUCAGCAUUGUGAAGAAAAUAAUAAAAAUCUCUGUUGGCAUCUGAAUAAUUUCUUUCAUUUAGUUGCUGUGACAGUUUUUAAGUGAAGUUUCAGUGAAUUGUGGAGUGCAUUCGGUGUCUUGGUUACUAUUGAUUUCAAUGUGAAAAUUGUUCUUUAAAGCCACAAAAAAAAAACAUUUCACUGUUAGGUAAUGUAGAAAUACAAGCUUUCACAUGGAGGAAAAAUGUGUGAAAUAUAUGUAU